AUGUGGACGACAACAACACGCCUCCAUCUGUUAAACGCAAUAGCAAGAUACGGCCUAAAAAAGACUUCGUUUAUUGCUGCAUAUCUUAAGGUAUAUGCAAAAGUGACUUCGAAUAAUUGGAAGAACGAGUACAACAAAAUGGUCAAAGAAUAUUUUAAAAACCGAGGCACCGCAGAAUCUGUUAAAGAUUAUUUUAAAAAGAAACGGGCGCACGAAAUAGAGCUGCUCAUAGAGAAAAAGAAGGAAGAAAAGAGCAAAAUAAUAGAGAGAAUGAUCUACGGAUACGACAGCAUAGAAACAUCAGAAGAAGAGAGCGACGAGUAUUUGAGCAGAUCAGAGCUUGAGCUGGCCCCGGAAAUAGCAGGCAUGGGAGAGACGAGCAUUUCCAGCGUGUGGGGGAUCAAGACGCCAAAUCCUCUGUCAAAUACUCUUCUGCACUUAUCCACACUGAGCAAUCUCCCACCGCACUUGGAGCUGCCAGGGCCUAAGCCAGAGACAUUCACGCCCAUAGACCUGCACCCGCAGGCAGUGGAUGACGGAGACAUAUCAAUGGAUGGAUACCCCGAUGCACUCGCCACUAAGGAGCAGGAGCUAGAAGAGAUUCUUUCGUUUUUAGAGCUUUCCAACUACGGAGUGUCAGUUUCAGCAGUUGACAAUGCGGCCUUUGAAAAGUUCUUUAGAUGGACGCAGGAGAAACUGUCGUGCCUGGAGAGCAGAAAUAAAGAGCUGGAGGAAAUCACAAAGCAGGAGAACGAAGCAGAGGAGAAGGCGCAGGAGAAAGUGAAGGAAAACAGCCAGCCGCCCAUUUCAGACAUGAUGCGGGAGUACUAUGCGCUAGAGUUCCACGACUACCCGAAGAAAAAGUCGCCGCGCGAUAAAGCCCGGUGGAUGAGCGAGUUUAAAUACUUGCUGGAGAGGCUUCGGUCGGUGCUCAAUGGGAAAAUAGUGUGCGAUGCGCAUGGGAGCAGUGGGAAAAAUGAUAAGAUCACAGAAGAUAGAAAGGAAAUAGAUAGAAAAGCAAUUUGUGCUAAGUGUUUUGACGUAGAUGCUUUGGAAGAGGGCCUGGAGAGUGAAAACAUCAGCAAGCCUGCAAUGGUAGACUACGUGUUUAGAUCUAUGCUAUUUCUGCAGACCGUUAUAUUUACACAGCAUGAGAUAGUAUCUAUAAAGGAUGUAGAGACAAUUAAGGCAGAGCUGUACAAGUUUUAUGAGUACUAUAGAAAGUAG